AGCAGCUUUCCCUUCCACUUAGAUGACCGAUCAUGCUAACAAUUUACAUGUGCGUGGUCAUGAAAAUGACUCGUAUGCAGCAAUCCAGGACAUCCCAAUCAUGGUGUCUCCGCUCUACAAGAUGCCCAAGCCAGUUGUGCUUGGAAAUCACCUAGCUAUUAUACCAGAAAAUGUGAAUAAUUUGCUGUUGUACCCCUUUAGUCUUGAGCCAGAGGUUUCAAAAGAAGUAGAGCAAUGCAGAGAGCUUGAAAAGAAGAACAUUGAAAAGCUUGAGCAAAAAUACCAGGAAUACAUUCAUGAUAGAAUCCAGCGCCAGAAAGUGGCCGCUCGAAAAAUCGCUCCUGGAUUUUUAGAUACAGACACCAAGAUACUGACACCGAAACCGCUCAACGCAAGGGCCAAUGGUUCGGUGGCAGAACCUGCAAUUGAAAUGCCUUCACCGAACAGCCUUUCACGCCAUAAUCGUUCAAUGAGUGAUGAGAUUCCAAGUGCUCGCCUCGUGCUACCUGAUCAAGGCGUUAAGCCCUCUACUUCAGUAUCAAGCGGUUUAGGAUCAAAAAAGCCAAACAAUAUCAAUUACCUUGAGUUUGAGCAGGGGCUAGCCCCAUUGGAUCCAUGGGAUACACCUGAAAAUGAUAUAGAUGCAUUGCAGGAAAUAUGGGAUGCUCGUAGCCCCGUCAAGCAAGAUAACCGUCGAAGAACUUUGAAUGACAUGAGUGGAACAAACCAAAUGUCUUAUCAGCAAUCUGCCAACCAUGGGCCAAUGCGAUCAUACCAACACCAACAACAACCACAGCAUUCAAUGCCUCUUCCACACAAACAACCAUCCUACCCCCAACCACCACCACAUUAUCCGGUUAACAGACCAACAAGCGGUAAGGAAAGCUUUUUGGUUGAUAUGUCUUUUGAAAUCUUUGGUAUACUGAAUUACAUAUGUCGGUGGCGUCAACAGGUACAACCAGCCCAAUACAACAUAGUUACCCUCCUCUGAGAGCGACGUCACCCAAUCCACCUGCUCGACCUCCUAAAGCGUUUGAUACUACGCCUCCACCACCUCCACCGCCAGUGCCAGCAGCUGCUAACCAGGAACAUAGCAUGACUAAUGGAUUAAUACAAGAAUUGGUAGAUAUGGGUUUUACUCGAGAACAAGCGCAAAACGCUCUUGAGAAGAAUGACAAUGAUAUAAGCAAAGCUACCAAUUUUUUGCUAGAUUUCAGCGAGUGAACAGUCAGCUAACCAAUCAUGUACAUUAAUAAACUGUUUGCUCGGAAUGAAACAAUAGCAACAAA